AUGGAUUUACAAGUGAAGGAUUCAAUAAACGAGUCUGUGAACAGUUCUAUUGUGCCCCUCCAAAACCAAACCAGUGACGGCGGACUGAGCGCCCCAUCUCCCGGAGCGUCCACUGCGCUGGCCAGCGUGCUGAUCUUCACCAUCGUGGUAGACAUCCUGGGAAAUGUCCUGGUCAUACUGUCCGUGUAUAGGAACAAAAAGCUCAGGAAUGCAGGCAACAUCUUCGUGGUGAGCUUGUCUGUCGCUGACCUGGUGGUUGCGUUGUACCCUUACCCGCUGGUGCUGACCGCCAUCUUCAACAAUGACUGGACUAUGGGGGAUUUUCAUUGCCAGGCCAGCGGUUUUAUAAUGGGACUGAGCGUGAUUGGGUCCAUCUUCAACAUCACAGCUAUCGCCAUCAACCGCUACUGCUACAUCUGCCACAGCCUGCACUACGACCGCCUGUACAGCCUCAGGAAGACCUGUUUUUACCUGGGCCUCACCUGGCUUCUCACCUGCAUCGCCACCGUGCCAAAUUUCUUCGUGGGGUCGCUUCAAUACGACCCACGCAUCUACUCGUGCACCUUUGCCCAAACCGUGAGCUCGUACUACACUAUAUCUGUAGUGAUCAUCCAUUUUCUUAUUCCAGUACUGGUGGUGUCUUACUGCUAUUUGCGGAUAUGGGUGCUGGUGAUCAAAGUCAAACACAGAGUGAAACCGGAGCAGAGGACCAAACCCAAACCCAGCGAUGUGAAGAAUUUCUUGACAAUGUUCAUGGUUUUUGUGUUGUUUGCCGUUUGCUGGGCGCCGCUGAACUUUAUUGGUCUGGCGGUGGCUAUAAACCCGAGCAAAGUUGCGCCUAAUAUACCUGAGUGGUUGUUUGUCACGAGUUACUUCAUGGCGUAUUUCAACAGCUGCCUGAACGCCGUCAUAUACGGUCUGCUGAACCAAAACUUCCGGAAAGAAUACAAGACGAUCCUCAUGGCUUUGUGCGUGCCGCGGUUGUUGCUCGUGGAGACGUCCAGGUGUAACACGGAGGGCCUCAAGAGCAAGCCCUCUCCGGCUGUAACAAACAAUAAUGUAGCAGAAAUGAAUCUAUAA